AUGACAGAUCAAACCAACAUUCACGAGGAAAGAAACCCUCUCGGGGGAGAGAACGCUAACGUCCCAACGGAACAAGAAAGAGGAAUUCCCGGGGAAAACGCCGGAACUGUAGACGGCCAAACCCCCGCAGCAGUAGGAGGAUACAGAACUGAAUUGCUGCUCCAAGUGUUCAACGCCCAAUUUGAGGCCAUUAACAAAAGGAGCGAGGAACGUUUCAGUCAGAUGGCGGCACAAAUCGCCGAACUCAGUCAAGCACGAACUCCCCUUCGAGUUCGGAACAUCAUUGACGAUCUUAAUACUGACGGAGAUCCAGCCGGAACUAUGAGGUCUACCGCAGUCGGAUCAGCAAAUGCACCAGCAUCGGAUUUGAGCCGAGACGCUGAGUUCGAAGCAAUGAAGGCGCAACUUCGCGAGAUCACUUCGAAGAUACACCAAGCAACGAGCGCGGCUCCGGAGAUCGAGCGCGUCAUUCAAGAAACACAGAAGACACCCUUCACACCACGCGUAGCAGGAACGCUGGUCAAACAUAUGGAGAAACUAAAGAUAAAGGUCUAUGAAGGCAAUACUGACCCCUGGCACUUUUUAACAUCGUUCGGCAUCUGCAUGAAUCGAUACCAGUUCAAAUCCGCCGAGGAGAGAGACGCAGUUCAGUGCCAACUAUUUGUGGAAAGUUUAGGAGGAGUAGCUCUCGACUGGUUCUCGCGACUCGAGGCCAAUUCAAUCGAUAACUACAAGGAGUUAACGACGGCCUUCGUCAAACACUUCUCCGUGUUCAUCGGCCAGAACACCAAGAACUCCGAGCUCUGGCAAAUAGCCCAAGGACCAAGCGAGAGCCUUCACGAUUUCAUCCAGCGCUUUAAGACGAUUGUCGCUAAUUGUACAAUCAGCGAUGAAGCAGCCCUCUUAUGCCUUCAGAAAGGAGCUCGGAUAAAGACUAGCUUCCGAAGCGCGAUCACGCAGAACCCUCCGCAGACGUUAGAAGAUGCAUUACACCGAGCUAAUACUUACAUCGCCGAAGAGGAAGAAGAAGCCGCUUACGAGCAGAGUUAUUCAACAAAGCAACCCGAACGUUCGAAAGUAACAACUAACGAACCACAAUCUGGAUACGGUCGAGGGUACGAGAAUCGUAAGAAGUUUUACGCUAAUGCGAUCCAACAACCGACCAAACAGUGGAACAACAAAUGGGUCCGCGGUGAAGAAGAUCAGGACGAGUCUUUGUUCUGCGAAUUCCAUAACCGAAGAGGACAUAGCACCGAAGAGUGCAGACACCUGCGUGAAUACCUACUCGGCCAAUAUCGAAAAGGGCCAAUCUCAGUUGACGAUCUCCGUCGCUUAAACGCGUCCAAGAACAGUGGACAGACCUCGAUUGACGAUCUCCGUCGUUCAAACAUGCCUCGACCGAAUAACGCGCAGCUCGAGAACGCAAUCACUAAGGAUCCGCUAACUCCACCAACUUUACCGGCGUUACCACCGCCGCCACCAAACCCGCCUGCUUUGCCCGAACAACAGAAACGAAAUCGCGACGACCGAGCACAAGAGAACCAUGCUCCCAAAGCUAGGAAACGCGUCAACAUGAUAAUGGGAGCCAUCGAGGCUUGCAGCUAUUCGGUUCGAGCUAUCAAAGAAUACAGUCGACAGGCCGCUAGCGCGCCCAAAGCCCCACAAGAUCCGCCGAAAGGGACACCUUUGGUAUUUACCGAAGCCGACACAAUCGGGCUGCAUAAACCGCAUAACGACGCCCUUGUUGUCGAACAACUUCUGGACGACGUCGAAGUUAGCCGCAUUCUGGUCGAUACAGGCAGUUCGGUCAACAUCAUCUUCAAGGAAGCACUUGAUCAGCUCGAUUUAUCAUCCGAUAGGAUUGAGCCUUUUAUCAACCCACUUACAGGUUUCGAUGGAGAACGCUGCAUGACGGUCGGCAUGGUCAACAUCCCGAUCUACCUCGGUGGAGUCGCAAAGAUUAUCCAGUUCCUCAUCCUCUACAAACCGGCGAUCUACAACGCUAAUCUCGGUACGCCUUGGUUACACGCGAUGAAAGCGGUCGCCUCGACGUACCAUCAAUGCCUGAAGUUCCCGACUCCCGACGGUGUCUACACUCUCCGAGGAAACCAAGCCGUCGCUCGAUCAUGCUACAUAAACGAGUGCAGACUUCAUUCAGCCAACCAAGCCUGUGUCAUUAGUUCGUUAGGACCAACGGACAAGCUCGUCAUCCAGCAGACAAAACCUAAGCAGGAGUCGAUCGUUCAAGUUUGCAUCGACGAACUAAGGCCAGAGCGUCAAGUCGGAAUCGGCGCCGAGCUCGAUCCAAUCAUCCGCGAGCCACUCAUUCACUUUCUGAAACAGCAUUCGUCAACCUUCGCUUGGUCGGUGGAAGAUAUGCCCGGGAUCGAUCCACAGAUCGCGUGUCAUGAGCUCAACAUCGAUCCGACGUAUAAGCCAAUCAAGCAGAAACGCCAAAAGCUCAGACCAGAGAAGGCACAAGCCGUAAACGAUGAGGUCGAGCGGUUGCUCAAAGCCGGAUCUAUUACUGAAGUCAAAUAUCCUGAUUGGUUAGCAAAUCCCGUAGUCGUUAAGAAAAAGAACGGUAAAUGGAGGAUUUGCGUCGACUUUACCGAUCUCAAUAAGGCAUGUCCGAAAGAUAGCUUAUCCUUGCCUCAUAUCGACCGCCUCGUGGAAGCAACUGCCGGGAACGAGCUACUUUCAUUUAUGGACGCAUUCUUCGGAUAUAAUCAGAUUCUUAUGCAUCCGCAAGAUCGAGAAAAGACGUCGUUCAUCACGGACCGCGGCAUAUACUACUAUAAGGUCAUGCCCUUUGGACUGAAGAAUGCUGGAGCAACAUACCAACGAUUGGUGAAUCGGAUGUUUGCAAGCCAGCUCGGACGGACUAUGGAAGUUUACAUUGACGAUAUGCUCGUGAAAUCGCUCGUCGAUUCCGAUCACGUAGGUCAUCUUCGCACAUGCUUUGAUAUUUUGGAUCAGUAUGGCAUGAAGCUUAAUCCCACUAAGUGUACGUUCGGCAUAACAUCUGGAGAGUUCCUCGGAUACAUAGUCACAUGGCAUGGCAUUGAAGCUAAUCCAAAACAGAUUGCAGUCAUACUCGAGCUCCCGUCUCCGACAACCAAACGCGAAGUUCAACGAUUCACCGGACUGCGAAGAAGCCUUUGCCGAGCUGAAGAAAUACUUGUCUACGCCGCCAUCUUAUCCAAACCCGAAACCGGCGAGACACUUUAUCUCUACAUCGAAAUUUUGGAGUUCGCGGUCAGCAGUGUUCUUGUUCGAGAGGACCGUGGCGAGCAGAAGCCAAUUUUCUACAUAAGUAAAUCCCUCGAUGGGUUGGAAUAUCGUUACCCGACCUUGGAGAAAUUCGCCUUUGCCGUGGUUAUUUCUGCAAAGAAGUUACGCCCGUAUUUCCAGUCUUUCUCGAUCGUUGUCCUAACCGACUACCCUCUUCGCACCUUCCUCCAUAGUCCAAGUCAAUCCGGACGACUGGCCAAGUGGGCCAUUGAACUUAGCGAGUGUAACAUCGAAUAUCGAGGAAGAACUGCAACGAAGUCUCAAGUCUUAGCGGAUUUCUUGGUCAAACUCCCACCUGAGCUCGUCAAAGCUAAUCCUGUCAUACAACCUUGGAUUCUCCACGCCGAUGGCUCCUCAUCCCAUAAAGGAUCCGGCGUCGGGAUUCGUCUCAAAUCCCCCGAAGGAGAGGUUUUCGAACAAUCAUUCCACCUUGGCUUCCCGGCGUCCAACAACGAAGCCGAGUACGAAGCAUUGAUCGCCGGACUACGACUUGCCAAAGGUAUCGGCGCCGAGCACGUACAUGCCUACUGCGAUUCUCAACUUGUGGCUAACCAAUUUCACGGCGAAUACGAGGCCAAGAAUGACCGCAUGGACGCGUACCUCAAAAUCCUUAAGGAUGUUGCUUCGGAGUUCUCAACCUUCGAGCUUACAAAGAUACCCCGUGAUGAGAAUGCAACCGCAGACGCCUUAGCCGCUCUCGCAACUAAUUCUGAUCCCGAUCUUCGGCGAACUAUCCCAAUCGCGGCAAUUGAGCGAUCAAGUAUCGAGCCUGCUCCAAACUGCAACAUCAUUACACGACGACGUGAUUAUGAAGCCCAACCCAAUCUCGCUCCACCUCUCACCCGAAAGACAAAACCCAGAGAGGUCGUCACCGAUCUCAACACCAACUUUGACGAACAAGAUGACACCGGAUCUGAUCUCGAAGAUAAAUCCGAAGGCCAACAUAUUCCAAUCGAUAUCGAAGCCGAAGGUGAAGACGAGCCCGAAGAUUGGACCUUAGAAAUUGUGGGCUACAUAGGAGAUGGAACGGUCCCGACAGAUAAAUGGGCAGCUCGACGCCUUAAGGCUCGAGCAGCUCGAUAUGUGGUCAUUAAGGGCACUCUCCUCAAAUGGGAUGCGUCUGGCGUACUCUUGACUUGUGUUCGCGGCAACGACAUCAUGGAAGUAAUGCAGAAAGUUCACGAAGGAGAAGGAGGGAAUCACUCCGGAGCUCGGUCUUUGGCAUUCAAGAUCAAAAAAGUUGGCUACUACUGGCCUACUAUGCUGUCUGACUGCGAAAAGUAUACAGCACACUGCGAGAAGUGCCAACGGCACAGCCCAAUGAUCAACCUUCCUACCGAGCUCUUGAUGACCUCGACCGCACGAUAUCCUUUCAUGCGCUGGGCAAUGGACAUCAUCGGUCCUUUUCGCCGAUCUACGACUCAGAAGCAGUACGUUUUGGUCGUCACAGAUUACUUCACCAAGUGGGUCGAAGCCGAGGCAUACCCCGAGAUUCAUGGAAUCGAUGUCAAGAAGUUUGUCUGGAAGUUCAUCAUCUGCCGACACGGAGUCCCGUACGAGAUCGUUACGGACAAUGGAACCCAGUUCACUUCGAUAAUUUUCACAGAUUUUUGCGCCAAGUGGAAAAUCCGACUAAGCUUUUCCACCCCGCGAUACCCACAAGGGAACGGACAAGCCGAAGCCACGAACAAAACCAUUAUCGAUGGUCUGAAGAAGCGACUCGAUACCGCUAAGGGAACUUGGGCGGACGAGCUCGAUGGUGUCUUGUGGUCUCACCGAACUACACCAGGACGUUCGACUGGUCAGUCACCAUUCUUCCUUGCGUACGGUACAGAAGCUAUGUGUCCAGCCGAACGCAACGUCCCAAGUAUUCGCCGAACCAUGUUCACCCAGCAACCCGACGCGAAUAACGACAUGAUGCUCGACACAAUCGACUUGGUCGAAGAACAUCGCGAACGAGCAUUACUCCGGAUACAAAACUAUCAACAACUGGCAGCUCGUUACUAUAACAAGAAGGUUAAAGGCCGUCACUUUGAAGAUGGCGAUCUCGUACUUCGCAAGGUCUAUCAAAACACAGAAGAAAAGAACGCAGGAAAACUCGGCGCGAACUGGGAAGGCCCAUACCAAGUGAUGAAGGUUGUUAAGCCCGGCGUUUAUCAACUCAUGAAGUUAGACGGAACUCCGAUCCAACGAUCUUGGAACUCGAUGCAUCUCAAACGGUACUACUAUUAG